UGGUUGUUAGUUAAUACAAUACGUGAAAUAUAAUUUGCGGGAAUACCAACAACGAAUGAGAUUGUGAAAGCGUGCAUUAUGGCGAAUCAUCAUUCCUCGUACGACUUUGAGGACAGAAGUCAAAGGAUUCGCCAUCGAGUCAGCACUGCGUCAAAACCUGCAGAUUCCACUGUGGCUUGUACCAGUACUCAAUAUUACGUGGGAUACAAUAGCGAUAUCACUGAAGAAGAUUUAGCAGAAUUACCUUCAUGUGUUUAUGCAGGCAGAUCCACGCAACAUAUCUCGCACACAUCGCCACAUACACAUUCUCCUUUGCACUAUCAUGUGCCAGUUUCAACGCCAGAUGACACAGAGAUGAACGGCGUAGAAGAAGGUUAUUAUCCAAAUGGCAGUCCUUAUAGAAUUCAAAGACACGCGGCUAAUAUUCGUGAAAGAAAACGUAUGCUGAGCAGCAUCAACUCGGCUUUCGACGAGCUUCGGGUCCAUGUACCAACCUUUCCUUACGAAAAGCGACUGUCGAAGAUUGAUACUUUACGCCUGGCCAUAGCAUAUAUUGCUCUCUUACGCGAGGUUCUGGCAGCCAGGCUUGACCCUUUGACGUACGUUGAGAGGUGUCUUAGGGGUGAAAUAAAUGGCGAACGCGCUGAAUGGAACACGAGCGAUCUGACGGCACGCUUAUCCUGGAUAAAUUGGGAAAAUUUGGGGGUGAAUCCAAAUCGUCGAUCAGUUCUUACUACUCUGGCGCUGACAACCGACAAUAUGAAUUAAAUACUGAUAAUAAGCAUUUUGGCAGUAAUUUUUUUUUCUUUG